AUUGCUAAAUCCUAAAUCUGUUUACUUUUUUAUCCAAUCAAUUUAAUUUGCUCUGGCGACAGUUCCCGAUAGUGAUGACAUUAUGACUCAGUCAACAGUAACGGUUCCUCAAGAUGAAGAUGAAGACGUAUCUAGCCACGGUACCCCUCAGAGGCAAACCAGCAGCCUCGAGUCUAUCGCUUGUCGCAUCUGUCAAAGUGCAACGGAGAAAUCCCGUUUAAUCUCGCCAUGUCUGUGCAAAGGAACGCUACGCUACGUGCACCGUGAUUGCCUCGAGCACUGGCUCAGCCGAUCCGGGCUAACACACUGUGAGCUGUGUUUACACAGGUACCAAACGUACACGGCAUUAAGAUACAGCUGCAUCGAAUCUUUGUGCAUUUGGUAUCGUCACCCGAACAAUCGUGGUUUGCUGCUGUCGGAUACACUGAUUUAUGUCGUCCUGUCAUUCAUUUGCUUCACCCUGACAAUGAUCUGCAUUCUGGUGCUACGCUUUCAGAGCAGUCGCGGCAACACGCUCCAGGAGACACUCGCCUCAACCGCCAUUGUUUGCUUUCUACUGCUGGUGCUAAUUGUGUACCUGACCAACAUCGUAGUUUUGGCUAAGGAUCACAUCAUUCCGUGGUACAGAUGGUGGAGAUCGUCCCGAAGGAUUCGCCUGUCCGAGCUAUCCGUGAUAGAGAUACCAGCUGGCAACUCCUCGCAUGUGGUGUAAUCGGUUGAAGCACAUGUGGAACAUUUCACCGGGCAAAUCGUGUGCCAAAAAUAUCUGUACGUUUCAUCAUAACCGACUGUGUGGAUAGCAGGAUCAACGGAAUCACAUAACUGAUUUAUCGUUCUGUA